GGCGGAAGGGGACCUCUCGCCCCGAUGAGGGUUCCGCGCCCGUGAGCGAGUGAGCGCAGGGCCAGGCUGCGGAGAAAGCAAGCGGCGGGCGGCCUCUCCGGGGCCUAGGCCGCGCGGCCUGCGUGGAAGUCGGCUCAGAGGAACGAUGGAGGCCGCGCCCGGGACCCCCCCGCCGCCGCCAUCAGAGUCGCCGCCGCCGCCGCCAUCGCCGCCGCCGCCAUCAACGCCUUCGCCUCCUCCGUGUUCCCCUGACGGCCGCGCGGCCACCCCGCACCUCCUCCACCACCGCCUCCCGCUCCCUGACGACAGGGAAGAUGGUGAGUUGGAAGAAGGUGAACUGGAAGACGAUGGGGCUGAGGAGACCCAAGAUGUCCCUGGGGGGCAAGAAAGGAGUCGGAAAGAAAAGGGGGAGAAGCACCACAGCGACUCAGAGGAGGAAAAGUCUCACAGGAGACUAAAACGGAAGCGGAAGAAGGAACGGGAGAAGGAGAAGAGGAGGUCGAAGAAAAGGCGGAAAUCCAAACAUAAACGACAUGCUUCCUCCAGUGAUGACUUUUCGGACUUCUCAGAUGACUCAGAUUUCAGCCCUAGUGAGAAGGGCCACCGCAAGUACCGGGACUAUAGCCCCCCAUAUGCACCGCCCCACCAGCAAUACUCCUCAUCACACAACACACCCUUGCCCAAGAAAUCCUACUCCAAGAUGGAUAGCAAGGGCUACAGCAUGUAUGAGGACUAUGAGAACGAGCAGUAUGGGGAGUACGAGGGGGAUGAAGAGGAAGACAUGGGCAAGGAGGACUAUGACGACUUCACCAAAGAGCUGAACCAGUACCGACGUGCCAAGGAGGGCAGCAGCCGGGGCCGAGGUAGCCGAGGACGAGGCAGGGGCUACAGGGGCCGUGGCAGCCGAGGAGGAUCUCGAGGCCGCGGCAUGGGCAGGGGCAGCAGAGGCCGAGGCCGAGGCUCCAUGGGAGAGCACCCGGAAGAUGAAGAGGACUUGUACGACGAGGAGCUAGAAUAUGGAGAAGGCGAGGAGCCCAUGGGAGAUGACGAUUAUGACGAGUACUCCAAAGAACUGAGCCAGUACCGUCGGUCCAAGGACAGCCGGGCUCGAGGGUUGAGUCGAGGCCGAGGCCGGGGCUCCCGAGGAGGUCGAGGGAAGGGCAUGGGCCGGGGCCGAGGUCGAGGCGGCAGAGGAGGGAUGAGCAAGGGCGGCAUGAAUGAGGACGAAGACUACUACGAUGACGACAUGGGCGAUGGUGGUGGAAGCUACCGGCGAAGUGAUCAUGACAAACCCCACCAGCAAUCUGACAAGAAAGGCAAAGUCAUCUGCAAGUACUUCGUGGAGGGGCGAUGUACUUGGGGAGACCACUGCAAUUUUAGCCAUGACAUUGAGCUGCCGAAGAAGCGAGAGCUGUGCAAGUUUUACAUUACAGGGUUCUGCGCUCGAGCUGAGAACUGCCCUUACAUGCACGGUGACUUUCCCUGUAAGUUAUACCACACCACUGGGAACUGCAUUAAUGGUGAUGACUGCAUGUUCUCCCAUGAUCCGCUGACUGAAGAGACACGAGAGCUCCUAGAUAAGAUGUUGGCUGAUGAUGCAGAAGCAGGUGCUGAGGACGAGAAGGAGGUGGAAGAGCUGAAGAAACAGGGCAUCAACCCCUUACCCAAGCCACCUCCUGGUGUGGGGCUCCUGCCCACCCCUCCACGGCCCCCUGGGCCUCCAGCCCCCAACUCUCCUAAUGGCAGACCCAUGCAGGGUGUCCCUCCUCCCCCACCCCCUCCCCCUCCCCCGCCUCCUGGGCCCCCUCAGAUGAACCUGCCAGCACACGAGCCGCUGUCCCCACAGCAGCUACAGCAGGACAUGUACAACAAGAAGAUCCCCUCUUUGUUUGAGAUUGUGGUGCGCCCCACAGGGCAGCUAGCUGAGAAGCUGGGUGUGAGGUUCCCUGGACCUGGUGGACCCUCAGGGCCAAUGGGUCCUGGCCCCAACAUGGGACCCCCAGGGCCAAUGGGGGGACCCAUGCACCCCGACAUACACCCAGAUAUGCACCCCGACAUGCACCCAGAUAUGCACCCCGACAUGCAUCCUGACAUGCACCCUGACAUGCAUCCCGACAUGCAUCCCGACAUGCAAAUGGGUCCUGGCAUGAACCCUGGCCCUCCCAUGGGUCCUGGUGGCCCCCCGAUGAUGCCCUAUGGUCCUGGAGACUCCCCACACUCGGGAAUGAUGCCUCCUAUCCCGCCAGCCCAGAACUUCUAUGAGAACUUCUACCCGCAGCAGGAGGGAAUGGAAAUGGAGCCGGGCCUUGCUGGGGAUGCAGAGGACUACGGGCACUACGAAGAGCUGCCGGGGCAGCCUGGGGAGCCCCUCUUCCCCGAGCACCCUCUGGAGCCCGACAGCUUCCCCGAGGGAGGGCCCCCAGGCCGGCCGAAGGCCGGCGCCGGUGUACCCGACUUCCUGCCCUCGGCUCAGAGGGCCCUGUACCUGAGGAUCCAGCAGAAGCAGCAGGAGGAGGAGAGAGCGAGGAGGCUGGCUGAGAGCAGCAAGCAGGACCGGGAGAAUGAGGAAGGUGACACUGGAAACUGGUACUCAAGUGACGAGGACGAGGGGGGAAGCAGUGUCACAUCCAUCCUCAAGACCUUGAGGCAGCAGACAUCAAACCGACCCCAGGCGUCAGCUGGGGAGCCAAGCAGCAGUGGGUUGGGGGAUCCCCGCCUGCAGAAGGGACACUCCACAGGAGGCCGGCUGGCAGACCCCCGCCUCAGCCGGGACCCCAGACUCAGCCGCCAUGCAGAGACUUCAGGAGGGUCUGGCCCAGGGGAAUCGGGGCCCUCUGACCCUCGGUUGGCUCGUACCCUGCCUGCCUCCAAGGUUGAAGGCAGCCUUCAUUCCAGCCCUGUAGGCCCCAGCAGUUCAAAAGGACAGCCCCCUGCAGAAGAGGAGGAAGGGGAGCGGGCCUUACGUGAGAAGGCGGUGAACAUUCCCCUAGACCCCCUGCCUGGACACCCACUGCGGGACCCUCGCUCUCAGCUGCAGCAGUUCAGCCACAUCAAGAAGGAUGUGACCCUGAGCAAGCCGAGUUUUGCCCGCACUGUGCUCUGGAACCCUGAGGACCUGAUCCCCCUGCCCAUCCCCAAGCAGGACGUGCCCCCAGUGCCUGCUGCCCUGCAGUCCCUGCCUGCCCUGGAUCCCAGGCUGCACCGUUCCACACCCCCUGGGCCUUCCAACACCAGGCAGCGCCCAGGCUCCACAGAUCCCAGCACGUCUGCCUCUAACCUACCUGACUUUGAACUCCUCUCACGAAUCCUCAAGACUGUCAAUGUCAACACCCCUGGCCAGAGUGACAAACCCAGCGAUCCCAGGGUGCGGAAGACCCCUACUGACCCCAGAUUACAGAAGCCAGCAGAUCCUGCAGCAGCCUCCCGAGCAGCCAAGCCCUGUCCCACCGAAGCAUCACCUCCUGCUGCCAGCCCAAGUGGGGACUCGUCCCCACCGGCCACAGCUCCCUAUGACCCCCGAGUGUUGGCAGCUGGUGGCUUAGGCCAGGGCAGCAGCAGUGGGCAGAGCAGUGUUCUGAGUGGCAUCAGCUUGUAUGACCCCAGGACUCCUAAUGCAGGUGGCAAAGCUGUAGAGCCAGUCUCUGACACGAGUGCUCAGCCCAAGGGUCCUGAGGGCAACGGCAAGAGCUCAGCCUCCAAGGCAAAAGAGCCCCCGUUUGUCCGAAAGUCUGCCCUGGAACAGCCAGAGACAGGGAAGGUCAGCACAGAUGGGGCCACAGCCACGGACAGAUAUAAUAGCUACAACCGGCCCCGGCCCAAGGCCACUGCAGCCCCUACUGCUGCCUCGUCCACCCCGCCCCCUGAGGGGGCCACACCCCAGCCUGGGGUACACAACCUGCCAGUGCCCACCCUCUUUGGUACUGUGAAGCCAGCCCCCAAAACGGGCACAGGAAGCCCAUUUGCUGGCAACAGCCCUGCCCGUGAGGGUGAGCAGGAUGCGGGGUCCCUAAAGGACGUUUUUAAAGGCUUUGACCCCACAGCCUCCCCCUUCUGCCAGUAGUGUCAGCGGGGCCCCAUGCUCCCUCUAACCCACCAUCCUUCCAGGGUGACACUUAAGGGCAGCAACCAGAGUUACGGGCAGGGGUGGUGGGAGGGAGGGCGUUCUUUACAUUUUUCUUCCCUUUUUUUCUUUUUUAAGUAGUACUUUCUUUGAGUCAUAAAUUGUAUCUAACUGUCUUGAGUUCUGGUCAGUGCUGCAGGCUCCUGGGUUCCCUCUGCCCAGUGAGCUACUUAUACCCUGCAUUGGACAGUGGCAAGUACCCAGCCUGGGGCUUCCCUGGAACUGACGGAAGCAUAAGUGUCUGGGGAGGCACUGAAAGCCACUCACCCUGUGCUGCUGGGAGUUUGACAGACCCACAUAUCAUAGAAGCUGGUGCAGGAGUUUCUAGAGCCCCAGGGUCAACUGUCCUCUCUCCAGCAUGCAGCCUGUGACAGAUUGCUUCAGGAUUGCAACAGUGAAGUGAGGAAAUGUCAGAAGGAGAGAGGUCCUGGCAGCCCCCGGGGUCCUAACUGCUUGGGCCUGUGCAUUCCACAUCCUCCGUCCAGGGUUUGUCCUGAAAGUGACACCCUCCAGCCCUCCAGGAGACUAUCGGUGAGACAGACCUGCAGGCAGCAGACCUUGCGGGGUAGGACAGCCCCUCAAAGCGCUCUCCCUCAGUAUUCCCUGUCCUGUGCCGCUGGCCUGACCCUCGACAGCUCAAGGAUCCGUGGUGUGGCCGCCUGCCACACCCCCAAGGAGGAGGGCCAAGGGUGGGCCUGGCCGAGUGUGUCUGCUGCUUCCGCACCCCUCAGCCAUACUAUCUGUAGACUACCAGAUAGUGUUCGCUCUUCCCGCCAAGCUGACAGAAGCCAGCCGUAAGUGGUCUGAUGUGCUGCUGGGUUAGUGGGUGCUUCCUGGAAGGGGGCCUGAGGAAGCAGCAGGUGUCAGCUGGGGCCAAAGUGGUGUGUUGGACCCUUUCUAGGAAAGGGACCCGGCCCUUUCCAAGUGGGGAGGCCCAAGGUCUCUGCCAGGUCCCAGACAGUGGAGGCUUUUCCACAGCCUCCCCCACUAGCCACUGUUGGGCCGGCUGUGUCCACAGAGCCCUGGCAGAGACUCUUCCUGGCAGUGACCAUGUCCCGAAGAUUGGGUCAGGGAACUGGGGAGGACCUGCAAGCCUUUCUGCCUCUGGGUCACUCGCCAAGCCCUAGGGGUCUGCUUUCUUGCAGGAUGUCUCUUUUAUAUUGGGGUCUUUUGGCCCAGCGGCUUCCUUCUUGCUAAUAAGGAGACCUGACACAUACAGCCAGUGGGUUCCCCUCUGCCUCAGGGGAGGGGAGGGGCUCCCAGGUCUCCUCCUGCCUCCCUUCCUCAUACCCCCCCACAACCCAAAGAGAAAUCCCUUCAAAACAGUUUGGGGCCUGAAGCCAGGGUAGGAGGGGCUUGUGCCCCACAGGCUCACAACCCAUGGGGUCAGUGCACCAAGAUCAGAUUGGUUGGUUUGUCUCGUUUUUUAUUUUGUUUUGCUUUCUUAAACAAUCAUCAAUGAGAUUUGUCUUUGGGCUCCAGCCUUGGCCAUGAGGCCAUGAGGCCAAGGCUGGGGCCAUGGUGAGCAUAGGAUAGGAAGAGUACAGUGUGGCAGUGUUUGGAUCCCCUCCACCCUUUGAACAUUCUCUUUUGUAAAAGCCAGGCUUGGUAGUGUGCACCUGUCAUCCCAGCACUCAGGAAGCAGAGGCAGGAGGAUCACAGGUUCAAAGCCAGCCUGGUCUACAUUAGAGAAAGAAAACUUUUGCUAGAGAAAAAUUAAAUGAAUUUUUAAAGCUGAAAUCUGUGGGUGAGGUGGAAUCUGGAGCCCUCUUCUUGGAAUAGUUAGCCGAAGAUCCUCAUGGGACAAGGACCUCCGCUUGAAUUCCCACUUGCUAUCAGGCCACACUUUUAAAGAAAAAAAUUGUUCUCUAACCAGGAUUGUAACAAAAGUGUAAAUAGUAUUUCUGAGUUAAAAGUCGAUGGUGCAAAUAUGUAUAUAACGAACUGUAUUUUUACAAUGACCGUCGCAUGGCUCUCCCGACCCCUUUUGUACUCAGUAUCUGUCUUCCAGAAACCUCACCUGCCUUCUCUCAUGUGGUCUCUUAACCCAGUAAUUGUAUUACUGCCAUUAAAGGAUGCAGUUAUUUUAAACAA